UUGCUGAUGUGGGAACCACUUUGAGCUUUCGUACAUGAGAAAAGAGAGCAUUUCAUGCAGCAAGAAGAAGGUCUACAAGUUAUUGUGAUCUUUGGAUAAUUGCCAGAACAUGGAGGUCUUCUGGUUUGUUUUGAUGACAGUGCCCUGUGAGGCCGGGAGAUUGUACAGCUAGAGCUAAAUCUUUGGAAAGUCUAGGGUUGUCAUAUGGUGUCAUAGACUGAGGGGCAUCUGGAGAGAUGAACUAAUUGGGCUUCCUAACUGAUGGCAGUGCAGUCACAGCUGAGUGUGCAGAUGGAGGAUGCUGUCGAGUUUCCUGUGGGAGACACAGCACAGAUCUCCUGCUCAUACUCCUUCAGCGAAAAGCCCCCGGAUGUGAUUAUACAGUGGACUGCAUUAAAAGGUGAUAGAAAGAGGAUCUACAACAGCAACAUCACGGUGAGCCUUUCCGAUGAGCUGCCGGAUUUCGUCGGUCGCAUCAACAUCAGCUGGGACUCUGACGACGACAGACAGGGAGAAACAGUGUUAACCAUAAUGGACCUGAAGGUGAAGGACGAGCAGCAGUUUGCCUGCCAGGUGGAUGGCAUGUCGGCCGGGAUGCAGGAACGCCGGACUUGGCUCAAAGUGUUCGAAUCACCAGAUUCACCCGAGAUUGAAGAUGCUGAGUCUAUAUUCAGAGUUGACAGCAAUGAGCAGUUAAGGGUCGCAACGUGCAAGACCAGAAAUGGCUACCCUAGACCAAAAAUUACUUGGUACCGUGACCGCACCACACUGCAGCAAAGCACAGACGUCUUCAUACAGGAGCGGGAGAUACAGGAGUCCAGCGGCCUUUUUACCAUCGAAAGUGAGCUUCACUAUAAAGUGACCAAGCAGGAUAAGGAUGCCCUUUUCUACUGUGAGGUCACCUACCUGUUACCUGGUGAAACAAGGAUGAUGGAAUCAAAGCACAUCAGUAUCACUGUUCACUAUCCAUCAACGAAGACUGAGAUGUGGAUAUUGCAUCCAAAGAGGCUGGUCAAAGAGGGGGAUAAGGUGGAGAUCGCCUGUCAUGGAAAUGGGAAUCCACCGUCAUAUUUUUUGUUUUCUAAGGAGGACAUCGAUAUGGAUUUUAAACAGGAUGGGGAAAAGCUACUGCUAAUGAACGUGACUCGUGCAGACAGUGGCACGUACCUGUGUGAUCCCAUGGAUACAAACAUCAUUCUCGACCAGCAGCAAGGGAAAACUGAGCUUCAAGUCCACUACCUGGAUGAAGUGGUGUUGAUGGCUGAGAAAGGGAGGGUGAUGAAGCUGGGCGACAGCCAGAAGAUUACCUGUAAUGCCUUGUCCUCCCUGAGCACCCAUACCGAGUGGUUCAAGGGUGGAAAGAAGAUUGGAGAGGAACAUGUGCUAGAGCUACAAAAUGUGUCUUAUGGAAUGGCAGGGGAGUACAGCUGCCAAGUGACUGUGCCCUCUCUGCCCAAUCUGCAUCGCAGUGCCACCAUCCAUAUAAUCACCCAGGGGCCCCCUAUGAUUAUCUCGCCAGAUGAUGUCAUUAUCGACACCCAUAUUGGGGACUUUCUGAACCUGACCUGUGAGGCUUUGGGUUUACCCUCACCUACCCUCACCUGGAAAGUUGACAACAGUCAGAUGACAGGGCGGAGCAACCAUUUGGAGGGCAGGACUCACAGUGCGCUGGACAUGAAGGUGACCUCUAACCUCGCAGUCGUCUGCAUCGCGACCAAUGACGAAGGCACAGACAAGAAGUUCUACAGGGUCAGGGCCAGUACUAGAGCAAAGAAGGUUCAAAAAGAGAGUGGUGUGAUUAUCGCUGUCAUUAUAAUCUCUAUUCUCCUGCUGGCUGUCCUGGGGAGUAUCCUCUACUUUCUGUACAAGAAGGGCAAGAUCUCCUGUGGACAUUCUGGGAAGAAGGAAAUAACUAAGGAAAAGGGUAAGAAAGACGACAUUGUCAUGGAGAUGAAGACGGACAAGACAGAAGAGACUGUGCUUCUUCAGGGUGUCAAUGGGGACAAAAAAAGCCUUGAUGAUCAGUGUGAUGAAUACAUGGAAGUGGAAAACUGAGGAGCUGCCGACCUCUGUGAUUUAAGGAGGAGGAGAAUCAUGGGCACAGCAUCAAGCCCCCCCACCCCACCUGCUGCACAUCCUCUUCCCUGAUACAAGCCUGGGACUGAUCCACAUCACAAAUAAGGCCUAUUUGAAUUAUUUCUACAAGCAAUGUCAAAGGACAUUCACAGUUUUUGACUACUGGUACAUAACAAAAAAAGCUUCACCCCUGGUCACUGUGAUAAGCUGUUAAAAUUUACACACACUCACACACACACUAUAUAUAUAAAACUGGGGAGAAAAAUGAGAUGCCAGCUUCUAGGACAGAGGUCAGCAAAUCCUACGCUUCCUCUUCCUCGUUUGAGCCAGGCAGAGAUUGCUCUUCUUCCUCAUGGACCCACAAUUGGAUGCAGGUUUGACAAACUGGGCUGCCGGGAAGGUGGGAUUUCUCCGGGACAUGAAGCGAGGAGAUCGUUGUACAUGAUAAUUGCUGCUGAAGCGAUUGCCUUUCCUGAUCCUGGCCUCUCAUGUGUCAUAGCCCCCCCCCCCCACACAACCCUGCUAUUUAAUAUUCAGCCUGCAUAUCUAUAGGUGAAUCCACGUUCAGUAGCCUUGGGGGUGGUACUCUGCCCAUUUUGGUGCUUGGAAACCAUAUUACAAAGGAUUUGUGCACAACAGCUUCCUUCCAAACUGGGGGUGGAGUGGAGUGAAGUGGGGUGGGCUUCCCCAUUCAGACAUUUGAGACAUCUUGGGGGGGUCCUGAUCUCCAGCAAAGAACUUUAUAUACGGUCAAGAUGCACUUACAGUAUAUACAAGACUCCAGUGAGGUGGAGUGAAAAGCAACACAACAACCUAUCAAAUGAAAAUGACAAAUAAUUAGGCUUUAUUUAAAUGAACUGCUACCCAGAGCUGCACAUAGGUGUGUAUUAAACUUGCUGGUAAGGGCUCCACUCUUAAAAAUGGCCAACCAUCUUUAACUGCUCAUAUAUUCUAGUUUGGCAGCGGGCAAUCUUAUCUGAAAAGGGUUAGUGUAUAUGUAGGUUUUUGGGAUAGCCUUUAGAUCAGCUGUUCAAACCUAGGUGUGAGGACUCUUUAGCCAAUCAGUCUUCUUAUUAGUAAUCUAAUUAGGGAGGUGCGGAGAGAACCCACACACACAGCGGCCCUUUCUGGACAAGACUGCCCAUCCCAGUUCCAGGAACUUCUAAGCACCCGGAAAUGUCUUCAUACUAUUGCAAAAAUGUCACUACAACUAUACUCAGUUGAGCACAUUAGACACACUGGAGGAUUGCUGUACCAGACUUAUUUAACUGAAAAGGUCUUUUAAACAAAUGUACAUAUCACUGGUUCAAGCAACUUGUUCUUUUAGAGCCUUCUUAUGCUUCCUGGGGCAUGUAAAUGUACAUGGCUGUCACACACCAUACAAUACAUUAAGUUUAACAAAGCACUGGUUCUGGAAAGAAUUUAUUUUAAUCUGCCUGUCACAUUCUUGUGCCUACUGUUUUUUAAUACCUUAAACACUGAGCGUUCUGAAUUGUUUGGCCCUGUUUGAAGAUUAAAUAUCAUCAAAUAGGUAGUUUUGGAAUAUUCUAAUCUGGGUAAUUUAAGUUGUAUAUUGUACACUGUGUACCGCAAACGUUUCAGAUACCUUGUAAAUGUCAUUUUCAUUUCAAAUGUAUCACCAUUUAACAAUAGAUAGAUAGCUAUACUGUAAAGAUUAAAUCUAAUAUGUAAUGUUUAUGAUUUUCACAAGUGUGUAAAUUAAGGAUGUUUGAGCAGAUUUUUUUUAACAAUGCUUUUGAAAGUGAAUAUGUGAAAUAAAAGGCUUUUGAAUUUAAA